AUGGGGAGUUUCCUUGCACAGUUGAUGAUCUUUCUUAUUAGCGUCGUCAGUUCCAUAUUCUGCGAUGUGGGGAAAGUCGAGCUGGAUGCUGUGACGCUUGCUGUAUCGAUGGGGAGUGUUACUGGCAUUGCAAUUGGAACUGGCCUGGCCUCCGCUUGUGACACGCUAAUGUCUCAGUCCUAUGGAGGCAAGAACCUAAAGCGUGUGGGGACCAUACUCCAGAGAGGAAUCCUCAUCUUGUUGCUGAGUUGCUUUCCCUGCUGGGCCAUCUUCAUCAAUACUGAGCAUAUCCUCCUGCUGUUAAAUCAAGACCCGGAAGUAUCCAGGAUAGCCCAGAUUUAUGUGAUGAUUUUUAUUCCUGCCCUUCCCAUAAGUGCCACAUUCCUUUUCCAGCUACAGACAAGAUAUUUACAAAGUCAGGGCAUCAUCUUGCCUCAAGUUAUUACUGGGAUUGUGAUGAAUAUAAUCAAUGUGGGCAUGAAUGCCCUCCUGCUGUAUGCCCUGGACCUUGGAGUGGUAGGGUCUGCCUGGGCCAACACCACAUCCCAGCUUUUCCUGUGUGCUCUUCUCUUCCUGCAUGUGUGGUGGAGGAAGAUCUACGUCCACACCUGGGGAGCCUUGUAG